AAUAUUCAUUCAGUGCAGUUGCAGCUGGAGUGUUAAAAGAGCAAGUAACAUUAAAAUUUGUUUAAUUAUAUAUAAAAGUGAAGUCUAGCUAAGAGCACACACCCAAAACAACAAAAUGCGUAACGCGGGCCUUUUGGCCAUUUUGGCUGUGUUUGUUUGCGGCGUCUGUGUUUCAUCAACGCCAAUCGCUGAGCAGCCGCUGGUUGGUGCCAGUAAAUGCACCUGGGGCCCCUCCUAUUGGUGCGAUAAUCUCAGCAAUGCAAAGGACUGCAGAGCGACGCGCCACUGCAUUCAGACCGUGUGGGAAAAGCGAGUGGUGCCUGUGGACACUGAUUCCAUUUGUCAGAUAUGCAAGGAUAUGGUUACACAGGCGCGCGAUCAGCUGCGCAGCAAUGAGACCGAGGAGGAGCUUAAGGAGGUGUUCGAGGGCUCCUGCAAGCUGAUACCCGUCAAGCUGGUGCAAAAGGAGUGUAUCACGCUGGCCGACAACUUCAUACCCGAGUUGGUUGAGGCGUUGUCCUCCCAAAUGAAUCCCGACCAAGUUUGCUCUGUGGCUGGUUUAUGCAACAGCGCUAGGAUUGAUGAGCUGAUGAAGCAAACCUAUCAGGCAGCGUUGGAUGGCACACUCAAAGAAGAGGAUGUGGUUGUCAAUAAUGAGUCCGAGCCGUUGGAGAAGAAGGAGACUGGCUUGACACAGCUGUCCUGUGGCAACUGCAACCUGCUCGCGCGCAAGAUGCAGAGCAAGUUCGAGUCGACGAAUCGCGACAAUAUGGUUGAACAGUUGCUGCAUUGGUGCGGCGCCAUGUCCAGCUUCUCAGAUGCCUGCGCCAACUUGGUGCUGACCUAUUUCAACGAUAUGUAUGAGCAUGUGCAGCAGCAUUUGCAAACGGAUGGCCUGUGCCAUUUGUCUGGCGUGUGUGCGGCCCGCUACCAUCAGCACGAGGACGAUGUUAAGGAACCGGAAGCACUUACAACUUUGGAGGGCAUCGGCGAUGACAUUCCCUGUGCGCUGUGCGAGCAGCUGGUGAAACAUUUGCGUGAUGUUCUGGUGGCCAACACAACAGAAACGGAAUUCAAGCAAGUGCUUGAGGGCUUCUGCAAACAGUCGCGUGGCUUCAAAGACGAGUGCAUCAGCAUCGUGGAUCAGUACUAUCAUGUCAUAUACAGCACACUGGUAAACAAUCUGGAUGCCAAUGGCACUUGCUUCCUCAUUGGUGUUUGCCCCAAGGGCUUGGAUCUGGGUUACGAUGCGCCCAUUAUGCCGUUGCUGCCCGCCAUUGCGCCCGCCGAAGUGCAUGUGACCAUUAGGAAGCUGGGUGCAAACGAACCUAAAUUUAGCCAACAGCAAAUUGUGGACAUGCAGCUGCCCAUUGAUCAUUUGAUGGGCGCCGCCAAUCCCGGCCAGCUGGUACAGGGCGGUGAACUGUGCACCAUUUGCGAGUACCUGCUACAUUUCAUACAGGAAACGCUGGCCACGCCCGCUACCGAUGAUGAGAUUAAGCAUACCGUUGAGAGCAUUUGCACCAAGCUGCCACGAGGCGUAGCUACUCAAUGCCGCAACUUUGUAGAAAUGUACGGCGAUGCGGUCAUUGCGCUGCUAAUCCAGGGCCUGAAUCCGCGCAGCGUUUGCCCCAUGAUGCAAAUGUGUCCGCGUAACAUUGAGAAGCAAGAGGACAUCGAGGUGUUCCACCCAGAAACGGUGUCAAGCGAUCAACAGGAUAAGCCCACAUGCCCGCUCUGUUUGUUUGCCGUCGAGCAGGCUCAGAUCAAGAUACGCGACAACAAGUCCAAGGAGAAUAUCAAGAAGGUGCUCGACGGUCUCUGCUCGCAUCUGCCCAGUAAGCUGCGUUCCGAGUGCGUAGACUUUGUCGAAACCUACUCCAAUGAGCUAAUUGACAUGCUCAUCACAGACUUUAAGCCGGAAGAGAUUUGCGUGCAGCUCAAGCUGUGCCCUAAGUCCAAGGAUUAUCUGGAUGAAAUGGGAAUCAGCCUCUUAGAUAGCGCGGAGAACGAUAAGUCAGACAGCAGCAGCGAGGAAUUUGCGGCCAAUGAAAUUAACUCCAGCGAUGAGCUGCCUAUUCAGAUCACCUUUGAUAAGGACUUUAGCUUGGGACCCAAUUGCUUGAUCUGCGAGGAGGUGGUCAAAACAGUGGAAAAAAAGAUCGGCAAGCACGCGACAAAGUCAGACAUCAAGAAUGCCCUUGAGCGCUCCUGCGACAAGUUAAAAAAACCGCUGGCCAAUAAGUGCCACACAUUCAUUGACAAACACGGCGAUCAGAUUGCCGAUCUGCUGCUGAAAGAGAUGGAUCCCAAACUGAUAUGCCUGGAACUAGGCAUGUGCCUGGGCGGGGAGCAGGAGGAUCUUGACAUCGAUGAAGCCCUGAAGUACGAUGUAAUUGUUCUGCCCAAGCGCCGAGACGAGAAGGUGGCACGCCUAGAGUCAACAAAAGUCGACGAACCACCAACCUGUGUGCUGUGCGAGUUUGUCAUGACCAAACUGGAGACGGAACUGCAGAACAAGACCGAGCAGGAUGAGAUCAAGAGAGCCAUACGCGUUGUCUGCGAUCGCCUCCCGUCGACCAUACGCAAGCAAUGCGACAGCUUUGUCGAUGGUUACGCCACGGCCAUUAUCAGUCUGUUGAGCAAAUUGCCGCCCAAGGAGGUGUGCCUGAAGCUGCAGCUAUGCUUUAGCCAGGCCGUCAACGACGAGGUCAUCGAGUGUGGCGUUUGUCAUGGCGUGUCGCAGUCCUUGCUGCCCUUUUUCCGUUCACAAAAGGAUCACGGCAAGUUGGGCGUACAGGACAUGAUCUCAGAGGCCUGCGAGAACUUGCCAGCCAAGUACUAUAAUAUUUGCUCCGAGAUGAUCUCCAUUUAUGGCUUUAGCAUCAUGCAUCUGUCUGAGCGUCCCUACAUUGAUCAGUCGCACGUUUGCGCCGAGAUUGGCAAAUGCUUCGAUAGCGAGAAGUCCGCGCUGGCCUUUGCCAGAAUUUCAGCUUAAGAUGUUGCGUGUUGCGUACUAAACGCAACCGUCACGUGAUGUGUCGCAAUGGGGCGUCACGAUUUAUAUAUAUAUAUAUCUAUUAUAUCUUUACUUAUAUUUACAUUCUGUACUCCAUUGGGACUGUAAAUGAUCGAAAAUUGACUUAUUGUUUCGCACGUUUUAUAUGUUUAUUUCCUUUUCUUAAUUACUUUAUAUUGCGCUUAAUUUGAAAAAGAAAUUGUGGGUGAUAGUUAAAAUGCGAAUGCAACUGAAACUGAAUGAUUUUUGUAAGCGUAUGCGAAAAGGGCUUAAAUUAAACAUAAAUUGUAAUAGUAGACACGCCCAUUCCGGUCAUGUACUUUUUAAAAACCACUUAAAACCUGAAACCACUUUAAACUGGUUUUGAAACCCGGAACAGGCUGAGAGAAAUCAACCAAAUUCCCUUAACUAAAUCAAAAAAAAAAGAAAACAAAGUGUGUGUGUAGCAUAAGACGCCAAGUGUAAAACA